AUGCCUUCUAACGAACUAUCAAUUACUUUGCCAACUGGGAAGUCUAGCCAAAUCUACACAGGUCUAUUCAUAAAUAAUGAAUUCGUCGAUGGAAUCGAUGGAAAACGGUUUGAUGUGAUUAAUCCUUCAACAGGGAAACCAAUCACAACCGUUGCAGAAGCGUUUGCAAACGAUGUUGAUAAGGCAGUUGAUGCUGCUACUGAAGCCUUUAAUAAAGUUUGGAAAAAUGUUCAAGCAUCAGAACGUGGUCGCUUGCUUUAUAAAUUGGCCGAUUUGAUGGAGCGUGACCUUGAAGAGAUCGCUGCUAUUGAGUCUCUUGACAAUGGUAAAGCUUUUUCCGUCGCUAAAGCUAAUGAUGUUCCAACUGCCAUCGAAGCCUACAGAUACUUUGCUGGUUUUGCUGAUAAAAUUCAUGGCAAGACAAUGGACAAUGAUCCUGAUAAAUUUAGCUACACGCGUCGCGAACCUUUUGGAGUCUGCGGUGCUAUUAUUCCAUGGAAUUUCCCUGUCGCUAUGCAAUCUUGGAAAUUGGCUCCGGCUCUAGCAUGUGGAAAUACGAUCGUAUUAAAACCUUCUGAAAAUACUCCAUUGAGUGCUUUAAAAGUUGCUGCUUUAAUUAAAGAAGCUGGAUUUCCAAAAGGCGUUGUAAACAUCGUGCCGGGAUACGGCAAAACGGCUGGUGCCGCUAUAGCAUCUCACAUGAAAAUUCAUAAAAUUGCUUUUACCGGUUCUACCGUGGUCGGUAGACAGAUUUUAAAAAGAGCCGCAGAUUCCAAUUUAAAGAGUGUCACGUUAGAAUUGGGAGGAAAGUCUCCAAACAUUGUUUUUGAAGAUGCUAAUCUUGAAGAGGCAGUUAAAUGGUCACAUAUGGGAAUUUUUUAUAAUCAUGGUCAAUGUUGUGGCGCGGGUUCACGCAUUUAUGUACAAGAUUCCAUUUAUGAUAAAUUUUUAGAAAAAUUUAAAGUUCUUUCUGAAAAUAUGAACCUUGGUGAUCCUUUUAAAGAUCCGCCAUCAAUCAAAACACUGUUGCUCAGAAU